GUCACGGCGCGCGAAAGAUAAAAUUUGGUGCCUUGAGAACAGGCGGGAGGACGAAAGGCGAUCGACCUAAACGCGGUCUUAUUCCACUUUAAAUGACCGAAUUAGCCCUUAUCGUUAAGGCAUUAACUUUUUGGAUGCGCUGCCACAAGUUGACGAGACUUUUAUUUUCUCACUGUUGAUUUCUUUGUUUACAAGCUUCGAGUAAGUAGCAAGCGGGCAACGAGAUGACCUUGGUCCUUUCUCAACAACUGGCUGAAGGUUUCUCGGCCCCUACAGAAACAGAAAGCGAUUCAGACAGUGGAAUGGGCUCUCCAGCUGAGGAAAUCUUACCAGAGCCAACAAACAAUAGAGAGGAGCGUCCAGACUCUGACGAGGAAGAAGACAUUCAUGUUCGUAGAAAGCCUCGCUGUAAUGCCAUCAGAGACAGCGACAGCGAAGAGGAAGGGGUGCCUGAGGUGGAAGCAUUAGUAAUAGCUAUGAGUGAGGAGGAGGUGGAAACAGAUGAGAAACAAAAGGUUAAAAAGACCAGAAGGAGGAUUUCUGCUGUCGGAGACAGCGAAUCUGAGCAAGAAGAGGAUGAGCAGCAGCACACUAAGAAGGGUGGCAAAACUACAAAAGAUUCCAAAAAGAGGGAGAGGAGUCAAAGGCACCGGGACAAAAAGGAGAAACAUAGUAAAAAUGUUGAAAAAUCGAAAAAGAAAGAGAGAUUCUCUGACUUGAAUGAAGGUGCACCAUUCCCCGGCAUUCUAAAUGACAGCGGCUGCUUGUUGAGCAACACGGAUCUCUUUGACACCGGUAUCAACGAUGAGUCGGACGAGGAAGAGUCACUCGAUUCAAUCCGAGCAGCUGUCAAACAAAAAAUGAAAAAGGAACCAUUCCUGGAUGAAGAAGAGGAAGGAGAUGAAUUGCAAAAGCCCCAGCGUGUAGAGAGAAAAGCUGCACGUGCAAGUAAAGAGGCAAUGAAGCAGCUCCACAGUGAGUCUCAGAGGCUGAUCAGAGAGUCAGAACUCGGCCUUCCAUAUCACAUCCCGGAGCCAAAGACCAUUAGCCAAUUUUUUAAGAAGAGAGCCAGGCCUGAGGGACCUGCCAUGGCUCUGUUGAAGUCUAGACGGUAUUCGGCGGUAAUGUUGGAGAAACCAGCACCACCUCCAGCCAACCCCGCCAGUGAAGAACAGGAUUCCGAGACGUUCUCUCAGCUCAAAACAUUACCAGAACCUGCUGCUAAAUCUCCGCCGCAGGAGGAAGAAAGCUCGAGUCAACCACAAGAGACGGCUACCGAGAGCUUAGAACCCGACCAGGAAUCGGUCCCGAUGCUUUAUCUCUCUGAGAGUUUGCAGGAGACGAUUACAACCGAUUCUUCAGUGAAACCGAUAUCUGAAGAGGAGGCCAUUAGGAACCCGAUUGAAGCUCUGGUUGAUGUCCAGCAAGCAGCUGCAGUUGAGCCCACCAAGCCCAAAAUGGACAAACUAGCCCGACUAAAAGAGCUUGGACUGGACCCUCCGCCUGUUGCUAAACUGCGUGCCAAUGAAGGAGCUUUUGUUCUCCUUGAACCAGCACCACAAAAGCCAGGCGUGGAGGCUCUGAAGAAGCGGUACCUUCGUCACAUCCACGCGCCGGUCCGGCCGCAAGGAGAGCACACGCUGCGGCUCAACAUCGUCCGUAAAGACACAACCCCGUCCGGCAAGGAGGAGUUGCUCUCCGAGUCCGUCACGGUUAAAGAAGGACAAGAGGAGCCGGCGCCGACCAAACCUGGGGAGAAACUGCUGACCCUGAAGCAGCGACUGCAGCUCGCCAUGGCGCAGCGGAGACAAGAAGAGCGAGUACGCAAGGCCGAGCUGAAUCGCCUGGAUAAUGAAGAGUGCGGAGAGGAAGAGGAGGAGGCAGAAAUGACUGAUGAAGACGAAGAGGGUUUGGAUGACUUAUUGGGAGGCGAAGAGGAGGAGGAGGAAGAUGGCAGCGUGGCAUUGAAUUGCCCGCCAGUCACUCCAGACAUAAUUAACACUGAUGGAACACUCAUACUGUUCCCUGGCAACUCCAGUUCUCGUACCGGUGAUGGUGGAAGGCGAUCUGGUGUUGGACAAUACGGCGCUAGUAAACUCGAAGAGGACGACUCACUGUCUCUGAUGAAAGACAUCAGCCACAACAGCAGCUUUGAGCUGGCCGGAUCCAUGAUCACGUCCUACCAGCCGGUCAACCAUCAGCGGAGAGGCGCGAACAACUCCAACUCCAGCUCCGUCUUCCGUUCACCUUCUCCGUGUCUUUUCCGGCCCAGCAUCCUCAGCUCUGCUUCCAAGAGCUCCGGGAAACUGUCGGAGCCUUCGCUGUGCCUUCCGGUUGAGGACUCCCAAGAUUUGUACGCCCCUCCUUCACCGGUGGACUCUGAGCCCACAGACGAAGUCGCCAGACCCGGCGGUCUGGGCGGAGAUUCUGAUGGUCGCUUCUCUCUAGAGGACGACACCCACUCCCAGUUACUCGACGCCGACGGCUUCCUCAAUGUGGGUCCGCGACCCGGUGCCGUCCGCUCGCACAAGAGAAAAUUAAUCCUGGACAGCAUGGACGAAAACGCAAUGGACGCCAACAUGGGGGAGCUUUUUGGAAUGUGCUCCGGGGGGUUCGGGAGGGCGCCGAGCGGCGAAGAGGCGCCAGUCGCCGGUGAAGAACUUCUCGGACUAUGCUCGGGAGCAUUUCCGACAACGCAGACAGGGGAGGAGGCCCAAACUGAUAAGAGCGAGCAGCGAGAACAGGAUGAAGAUUUGGAAAACAGCAUGGAUCGAUUACUCGAGCUUUGUUCUGGCAAAUUUCCGAGCUCAGGUUCUUCCCUCAUGGGUUCACCAGCACAAGACAGCAGUAAGAAGACACCGCAGGAUGAGGAAGAGGAGGAGGUGGAAGAAGAGGACUGUGACUUUCGGCUUCUGUCAGACGUGGAAGACGAAGAAGGGGAUGAGGAAACAGAUGAAGAGGAAGAGAAUAAUGAGGUAGAAGAGGAGGAGUUGAAUGGAGUGUUUGCACCCAACCCCAGUCGCAAGAAAAAGAAGAAAAAAAUGCGCCUGACCGACUACGUGGACUCCGAAGCCGAACUGUCGGGCAGCGACGAGGGCAGCGGCGAUGAAGAUGAUGACGGAGAAAGCGAGUAUGAGGAAGAGGAGCUUCUGGAGGAGCUUCCGUCUGAUGAAGAGCUGCAUGACCAGGUCAACAAGAUCCACAUGAAGCAAGUCAUGGAUGAUGACAAGCGCCGCUUGAGGCUGUACCAGGAACGCUACCUCGCCGAUGGUGAUUUGCAUUCUGAUGGCCCCGGAAGAGCUCGCCGCUUCCGUUGGAAAAAUAUAGAUGAUGACUUCAACGCAGACGGGACCGAAGCUGAGGGUGAGGAGGAGCAUGAGGGUGAUGAUGAUAUUGAUCAGAUUGAAAUCCAGAGGAGGAAAGAGAGACUGGAGAGGGAACAGUGGCUCAGAGAACAGUCCCAACAGAAAGACAAGAAAGUGACCGAUUUGGAUGAGGACAUUGGAGAGGAAGAUAGUCAGUUCAUGAAGUUGGCAAAGAAGGUGACGGCUAAAAGUUUGCAGAAGAAAGAACUUCCUGUUGCACCACCGCCACAGAAGACAUCAACAACUCUCAAUCCAUUCCUGCGACCCUCACAGGCUAAAAGAGGUUCCCUGCUGAGUCAGCCUCAGUCUGUCCUUCAAAAAUUGGCGUCCAUAUCCGAAGGAAACCCACUGGCACCCAGAAACAGCCGGGGGUUCCUCUUUCAGACGUUGUCUCCAGAGAAGGAUGGAGAAGAUUCUCAGAAUCAUGUGACAAAGAGGAGGGGGAACUUGGGAGCGGUCAACCCGGCCGCCAAGAGGGUCUGCAGGCAGGACGUGUCCGCCGGAAACGCAAAAACACCCCAUCGAAGCAUUUUUAGCUUCUUGGACCACUGAUAUGGAAACGUAGGCUGAUGAGUAUUAACAAUGUUUGAGGUAACUUCUGACGCUACAAUAUGAGUGAGUACAACUCAUGUUUCUAUUUUGUUCAGCUCAUAGCCAACUAAUUAUUUUUUUUAAACAUGUUCAAGCGCAAUGUUUUGCUGUGUAUAUAGGGAUGAUUUUUUUUAAAGCGGUUUUGUUUUUGUAUUUUACAUGUAAAUCAAAUUAUAUUUUAAUAAAUGUCUGCAAUUAU